AUGCCAAAUCCAGGCACGCCAGAGUCGAAGCCGAACAGCAAUGGACGUCAACCCACGACGGAGCUAUCGACGGGACUGUGGCUACUCAAGCAUACUCAGGCGAUCGUGACCACGGCGACGGCAAUCAGCAUCCUGCAUCUGCGCACAUGUCAUGUGCUUUACUUCACCGUUGGCAGCCUGGCCACCAGCUUCACCGCCAAGGGUCUAAAAAAGAUGAUCAAACAACCUCGUCCGCCAGGAUCUAGAGUGAAAAAGUCAAGCGGAAUGCCCUCGACACACAGCGCAACCAUCUCGUUCAUGGGAGCCUACAUUCUGCUUUCGUCGCUAUAUCUGCCCCUGCAUCCGUCACUGUCGCUGGGCUCUGGCUCUAGUACACUACAAGCGUCAGCAGUGCUGGAUAGUAUGACACGUAUCUGGAUUGGACUGGUGGGGGUGGUAGUGCCCGUACUGGUCAUGUGGUCGCGUGUGCGACUGGGUGUUCAUACGCCUGCACAGACUCUAGCGGGCUCUGCUCUCGGCGUUGCCAACGCAUGCUUCUGGUUUACCGCAUGGAACGGUGUACAGUGGCUGUUUAGCGACAACUCAACGCUCAACCGCAACCGCGUCGCAUCGACGUCGAUUCUGCGCGAUGGCCUCAAGCACACACUCGGCGUUCGAGUGGACGUGCUAAUCACCCACACUGAGGCUCUCCUUGCGAGAGCCACAGGUUGGUAG